GUAUGGCUGUUUGGUGAGGGGAUCAACAUUUUAACCGGCUGAUUUGAUUACUGUACGGGCAAUUUAGGUGUUUAAAGUGGAAAAGUAAAGACACCUCAGCGUUUCAUCAUGCCGGAGGAAAAUGUUCGAGUUGCAGUGCGAGUGCGACCUUUCAAUCGCCGAGAGAGGGAGCGAAAUUCUACUCUUAUUAUUGAUAUGAAUGGUGCCACCACAGAGAUCACAGAUCCCGCUGGAAAUGACGAACCUCGAAAGUUUACUUUCGAUUAUAGUUUUUGGUCACAUGAUGGAAGCAAGGAGCAGGCCGACGGAUACUAUGGCCCAGAUACAUCACAUCCAAAUGGGAAGAAAUUUGCUGAUCAGAAAAAAGUUUAUAAUGAAUUGGGAGUGGCUGUCCUGAAGAAUGCCUGGGAGGGCUACAACAGCACCUUAUUUGCCUAUGGACAGACUGGAUCUGGGAAAAGCUGGUCUGUUGUAGGUUAUGGAAUUAACAAAGGUAUUGUGCCAAUGUUCUGUGAUGAUGUAUUUAAGCAGAUUGAGGCAAAGAAGGCAGAGGGAGACAAAACGGAGUUUGAGAUCACAUUCAGCAUGUUGGAAAUUUACAAUGAACAAGUUCGUGACCUUCUUAGCAGCACCGCAAGGAAAGGUGGACUGAAGGUCAGACAACACCCUAAACUGGGAUUUUAUGCUGAAGGACUGCAGAUCGUGCCAGUCAGCGAUUAUGCUGAUAUUGAAAGAAGAAUGGAGGAGGGUACACAGAACAGAACUGUGGCCUCAACAAAGAUGAAUGCCACAAGCAGUCGUGCCCAUACCAUUGUUGGAAUCACAUUCAUUCAGAAGUUCCAGAAUGCUGCGGGAGAAGACACUACAAAGUCUGCUAUCACCAAUCUGGUGGAUUUGGCUGGCAGUGAGAGAGCUGACAGCACAGGAGCUACUGGUGACCGUCUGAAAGAAGGAGCCGCCAUCAACCAAUCUCUCUCCUGCUUGGGAAAUGUAAUUGCUGCUCUUGCAGACAGAUCCUCUGGAAAAAAUACUCGAGUUCCCUAUCGAGACUCUGUGCUGACCAAAUUGUUGAAGAAUGCCCUAGGAGGUAACAGCAAGACCAUCAUGAUCGCUGCACUGUCACCCGCUGACAUCAACUUCGACGAGACUCUCUCCACACUCAGAUAUGCAGACAGAGCCAAACAGAUCAAAAACUCCACCUCUGUGAAUGAGGAUCCCACAGAACAACUCAUCAGGGAGCUGCAGGAAGAAAAUGAGAAGCUCAAGGCAAUGUUGAAAUCUGGAAAUCUGGAGAUGGUGGCAGGUGAAGAUGAUGACGAUGAUUUGACGGAUGAAGAGAGGGCUCAGAUAAAAGCAGAACUGGAAGACCAGUACAAGUCUAUUUUGGAUAAAAAUGCUCAAGAAAUGGAGGAUAUGAAGAAAUCCUUUGAGGACAAAUUAAAAGAAGCUGAGCUGAAAGGCGGUGGAGGAAGUACAGAUUUUGCUGCCAUUGCUGAAAAGAAAAAGACAGUACCCCAUUUGUCUAACUUGAACCUUGACCCCCAGUUGUCAGGGCACAUAACUCAUUUUGUGGAGGGACCAGAGACCUGUGUUGGUUCAGAAGGGGACAUUAUGUUCAAAGGACCCAGUGUGGUAGCUAAACAUGCCAUGAUCCGAGAGGAAGGCGGGAAGUAUACGAUUGAACCAUGUGAAAUGACCAACAGAUUGGUACAGAAUGGAAAGGCAGUAGUAGCCAAACAGCCCCUCAGUCACAACGACAGACUUAUCUUCGGGACUACACAGUACUAUGUUUUUGUCAAUCCUAAAGAAAGAGACGCCUCCAAACAGAAGUACCCAGAGGUGACCUUUGAGAUGGCUCAAGAAGAGGUCGCCAAAAAGUCCGGAUUUGACAUGAGUGGAGAAAACAAAUCUAGAGAGGAUGCUCUGUUACAAGAAGACAUGCUGGAGAUCAUGCCAGCAGUGGAGGAAGCUAACGCUAUUAGUCAGGAACUGGACAAAAAGAUGAAGUUUGAAUCUAUGAUUGUGUCCCCGGAGGCCAGGGGAGAACAGACUGGCAGAACAGAAGUCAUGAUCAAGGCCACAAAUAUAGAGACCAAGCAUGAAUGGAUCUGGCCAAAAGUCAAAUUCAUGAACAGGAAGUAUGUAAUGCAGGAGAUGUACAACGACUUCCUGGAUGGGGAUGACCCAUGGGAACUACCCCCUGAGAAGGAUCCGUUUAUUGAUGACAUUAAUGCAGAGUUCCACAUCGGUAGUGUUAAAAUAUGGCUGCAGUCCACUGCCUACAUGAUAGCCAUGAAGGAACAGUUGGAUGUUAUUGACUUCCGCGGUUAUGAAGUGGGAAAAAUCAAUAUUGAGCUUGUUCCUUGUAAUAAGUCGGGGAAGGAAUAUGCGGAGGACGAGGUAUUUGUGGAGGACACAUCAGAACUUGUGGGGAAAGAACUCUACUUCAAACUGAAGCUGGAGAAUGCCAUGGGUCUGCCAUCACGAUUCACGGAUCUGUAUGCCAAAUACAUUUUCAACCUUGAACAAAAACCAUAUGAGACCAAAAAGAUGGCCAAUACAAUCAAUCCCCAGUGGAACUUGAACCAGGUUCAUGGAUUUGCUAAAGUCACUACUGAAGAUAUUACAUUCCUCCAAGAAGGAGCCAUCAUGCUGCAGGUGUGGGGGAAACAGAAGCCGCCGAAAGAGAAAAAAACCGUGAACACCAAGGAUGCGCUCAUUAAAGGAGCCAUGACCAAGGGUCAGUCCCACAAUGUCAACACCAACAACAAAAAGGUGGACCCUGAAAAGGUCAAGUACAUGAUGAAGUGUGCAAUGUUAGAGAAACAGAACCAGCAUUUGGAGCAGAAACUGGUAGCCAUGAAGCGUAUGUUGGAGGAAGCAAACAAACACAAGAAAAAGAAGCUGACAGUUCAACUGAUCCACAAGAUUUACCACGCACCGUCAAAUGAUGCUGCAGAGAAAUGCAUAGCUCUCAUUCCACAGGAAAAAGAUGACUCUUCAUCUGAUUCAUCUUCCUCCUCCUCCUCAUCCUCCUCUUCCUCAUCUGAUGAGGAAAAUAAAGGGAAAAAUAAAGAUGCUAAAAAGAAAAAGAAGCCAUCAUCAAAGUCUAAGCGGUCAAAGAGCCCAAAAGCCACACAUCCACCGAAGGAAAAGGAAAACGAAAAGAAAGCUGUAAGUAAACAGACCUCCAAUGCUAUAAAAAACCAGAACAAGUCUAGCUCAUGUGUACUCUUAUAACUGCAAAUCUGUGUGAAAAAUAUGUUUGACCCUGACCGUUUCUAUUUCUUUUUUCAUCUUGGGAGUUUUGUACAGAAUAGACUGUUGAUAUUGAUAUGCUGUCAUCAUUAAAUGUUUUUUACCUGCUAGAUAUUUGCUGCACAUUGUAUUUAAAACAAAAGCCAACCAUACAUUUGCUCAGAUUCCCUUCUUUUUUUGUGUUCUUGUAUUGUUAUCAAAUAUGUAUAUUUAAUAUGUACAUUUGUCCUAUUUGCUAUGAAAAAUACUCUGUACAUGUAUUUCCUUUAUACUUUAAAGACUUUAUUUAGUAUUAGAAACACACACUGCAUUUUGUUUUGUACUGUGAAUUUAUUGUAUUGUCAGAGAGUUCAUAAUUUAUUAUUAUCACAUUAUUUUUAAAACUUAGAGCUGAUGUAAAUAGUUUUUGUGGAAUUAUUCAAUUUACAUCAGUUUUGAAUUUAAUUAAUCUCUGGGCAUUCAAAAUAUACACAUGUAUGAUAUGCUCCAGUUAUUAUUCAUUUGAAUGUGACCACAUUCCAUCAAUUCUAGUAUGUGAUACUUUCCAUUUUCCGUCCAUUUUUCGAUGAUAUUAUGAAUUAUUAAUGAGUAAUGUAUGUGCUUGCAAAUACAUGUAUUUUAUUUUAACUUGGUAUCAGAAUGCCAUUUUUUUUUUUUACACAUGCCUGUAAUACUAUGUUACUCCCCCACGCUUUUAUUUUAUUUUUUUUUUUUUUUACACAUGCAUGAUACUAAUAAUGAAAUCCCAUUUGUUUUGGUAAGCAGGGUACUUUUGAAAAAUAUUUUGUUUUGUUGUGAAUGUUAAAUUUUGACCAAACAGAAUGCUCUAUAUACUUCUGUAAAUAUCACAGUUAUUACUUAGAUAAAUAAGACAAUUUGAAAUUCAUUUUAAUUGAUAACUGACCAUUUCAUUGAAUUUAUAUGGCUUGUUUGGCACAGUUCUGCAAGCUUUCAGCUCUGGGUGCAGUCUAGUAGUUUGCACAUCAAUAUAGGAAAGCACAAAUACAAUGCUGUAACCAAGAAAAAAAAAUCCUUUAAUUCAUAGAAACCAAUAGUAACCCAGGAUUAAGUUUGGUGUUAAAUCUGCGGAGGUUGUAUUUAUGGUAUAACGUAAUGAUUUGCUUUUCAUGGAAAUGAUUGUCUAAAUUAUUUGUUGGUAACAGAAUUGUUUAGAUUUGGCUGUGAAAUGUUGUAACUGACUGUGAUAUAUACAUGCAUUGAACUGUUACAGUGUAAUUGUCAUAGUUUCUGUUUUUGUGAAUUAAGUCCAGUGUUAAUAACGAAAACCAACUUGAGAUGUUUUUGCUGUUGAAAUAAAUCAUAUGAUCAACAUUCCCCAAA